AGCUUCCGUUCACAUUACUGUCGGCCCAUUUCCCAAGACCAAUCUUGUUGCGUUCAGCUGCGCGUGCGCGAGCACGAACCAUACUAGGGAGAUGCAUCGUGUCAGUGCGCGAGUCUCUGUGCGAGCAGGAGGAAGCGAAGGCGAUAUAUGAAGGCGCACAACCGCAAGCAGCAGGCACAGGCGGACGCCUGUUGACAGGUGCGCACCAGACCACAAGCAUUUACGACAUAGGUGUCAGCGCUCCCAUAGGCCAUGCGACGCCUGAUUGUCUAUGGGAAUAUCACUGGGCGUGCACCGCGACGGUUUCCUGUCUUCCAUGACGCCGAGCAGGCUGACUCGGCAUCGAUUUUAGCCGUUGCGAUCAUGUCAAGUGCCGCCCUAAAGCCCAGGACUGGCUGCGUUUCGGAUAACAGGGUACGUUGUGGGAAGCCGACGACUUCGAAAGAAGCACGACCGUGCACAGGCCUGCCACGGCAGCAUACUAUAUAGACAUAGGCCGGUGCGACCGAACGUGGCUUUCUGCUCUCCUGGUCUAAGUCAUGGAUCCCCAGGUGUUUGUUUUGCUGGCGGGGGGUGCGCUCCUGCUUGUCUAUUCGGUACGGCGCUACCUUGCGCGCCGCCAUGUGAGGAAGGUUAGGGGACCGCCCGCCCCGAGUUGGUUCAUGGGGAACUUGCAACAGGUGAAUCAACAAUUGGAAGUAGGGGAGCUAGACGGACAAUGGAUGCGGGAGUAUGGACAUGUCUGGCGGACCAAGGGUGUCAUGGGUGAGGACAACUUGGUAAUUGCUGAUCCCAAGGCUCUCCAAUACAUCUUUCACAAGUCGGGAUAUCACUUCCCAAAGAGCGCUGUCGCUAGGCAGUUCAGCCGCGAGAUCGCUGGCUCAGGUAUUCUCUUCGCGCAGGACAAGGACCAUACGCGUAUCCGCAAGAUCAUGAACCCAGCGUUCACCGCUAGUCAAUUAAAGUCAUUCUUGCCCCUCUUCCGCGCGUCGGCCCAGAAACUGGGUCAAAAGUGGAGGGAACUCUUGGCUACCACACCUAAUGGUAGCGAGCGUAUCAACGUCCUGGCUUGGCUCACGAGGUGUACGUUGGAUGUGAUCGGAGAAGUCGGGUUCGACGUGCAAUGUGGUGCCCUCGACGACUCCCUGAACCCCGUCAUAGAGGCAUACAAGAACAUGUUUACGGAUGCUAUCCCAUACCCGUCCAACCUUACUCUCUUCUUCCAAUCCUUCUGGCACCUGAUCCCCAUGCCGAUCCUGAAGUAUGCUAAAUACAUCCCUACCAAGGACCACGUCCGCUUCCGGCGAACGCUCAAAGUGAUCAACAAUUUCGCGAAGACCCUGAUCGACGAGAAGACCGAGGCCGUCCUCGCCGGCAACGGAGAGAAGAAGAAGGAUAUUAUGAGCAUCCUCGUCAAGGCGAACGCCUCGGAAGACCCGAAGUCUCGCCUGACAAACGAAGAGAUGAUGUCCCAGAUGGCGACCUUCCUUCUCGCGGGGCACGAGACGACCGCGUCGUCGAUGACCUGGCUCCUCUACGAGCUCGCCCGGCACCCGGACUACCAGCAGAAGAUGCGGGACGAGAUCAAGGCGAUCCGUGCGCGCGUCGCGGAGCGCGGCGACGCCGACUUCUCCGUCUCCGACCUCGACGCGAUGACCUACACGCUCGCGGCGAUGAAGGAGGUCCUCCGGCUGCACCCGAUCGUCUACACGCUCGGGCGCGUCGCGGCGCGCGACGACGUCCUCCCGCUCGCUACCCCGAUCACGACGACGGACGGGGAGGCCGUGAGCGAGAUCCCGAUCCCCAAGGGCACCAACUGCCUCAUCUCCAUCUGGGCGUACAACCGGCUGCCGACCAUCUGGGGCCCGGACGCGGACGAGUUCAACCCGGACCGGUUUGUCGCACACGAGAAGAUGGGGGCGACCUAUGUCGGUGUGACGUCGAACUUGAUGACGUUCAGCGCGGGUCUGCAGGCGUGCAUCGGCUGGCGAUUCUCGGUCAUUGAGAUGCAAUCGAUCCUCGUCGAGCUCAUCGAGCACUUCGAGUUUGCCAUCCCCGAAGACAAGCCUGAAAUCAUCCGCUUUGCUGCAGGUCUCGUCACACCGCUCGUGAAGGACGAGAUGCAUCUCGGCCCCCAGAUGCCGCUGCGUGUGUCGCUAGUGCAGUGAGCCAUGCGAUCUAUAUACCUGUACCUUCCAUGGACAUCUCCAUCUUGUUAUCUCGGGUUGCAAUGUUUACG